UAGCUAAGUCAUUAUUACUCGAUAAUUCAAACCAGCUCUAGCUAUUGAACAGGUUAUACUUCAUCGCCAUAUUGUCGCCUUAACUUUAUUAUUGACAAAUUCGCUUAAAACGAAGUUAAAAAGGCGCCAAGUGACUGAGUCUUGAUGAAUUUUUCUGCUCUUUAUUCGAGCUCUGUUCAUUCUACCAUGGUGGGAACCACGAAAUAAGGUAUCUACCAAGAAAAUGUGACUGUUAUUCUCAGUUUCAUAGGUUUUUGAUGCUAUUUCCUCUACAUGAGCUGCGUCACUGAAAACGAUGAGUGCAAUCUACGCUGAGACAUACGUUCUAUAAGUUCAACGUUCUUAAUUCGAGAAACAAGAAUGACGAACUUCACAAACAAUUCAUCUGCGUUCAUCACUACUACACCAGUCAUAAUCAGCCAGUAUACUCUUUAUUCUUUUAUCGUAGUCUUCGGUCUGAUCGGUAAUGUCCUGGUUUUUAAAACCAUUUGUUCUCACAAAAGACGUAGAAUAAAYGAGUAUUUCAUUCUCAACCUUGUCAUCACCGACCUCGGUACGUGUUCUUUGAGCAUACCAUUAGAUGUUACCGAGCAAGUGACGAAGAGGUUUCUGUUCGGGUCGUUCUUGUGCAGGAUUAUUUAUCCCUUGCAAACUAUCUUCCUGUCGACGUCUGUACUUACUCUCUUAUGUUUGAGCCUCGAGCGUUACAAGGCAAUCGUUCUACCACUACAACCUAAACUUAGAUGUAAAACAGUCAAACGACUAAUGGUGGGAUCUUGGGUACUCUCGAUUCUACUUGUCAUACCCUAUAUAAAAGUCCUGGAGUAUAAAGACGAACAGUGCCAGGAAAACUGGCCGAAUAAUCCAGUUUUCGUCCAAGCCUAUACAUCCGGCGUGUUUCUAACUCUCUACUUCGUUCCUCUGCUAAUCAUCUCCAUGUGUUACUCUCGCGUUUUACUUCGUCUUUACAUGGACAAAUCUCAAGUAGUAAGACUAAUGGGCGGUAAAAGACCAUACCUAGAUAAAAUGAUACGUCGAAGAGCGGAACAAAAUCUUCGGAUGGUAAGAUUAUGUGUGACUGCUGUCGUAGCUUUUGCGUUGUGUUUGCUCCCAUUUCAUGUUCUAUGGCUGUGGCACGACUUUGGAAAUGGCGGCAAGGAUCCGAACUUUAGCACCAUGUUAACGUUCAGUAAUAUUGUUGUCUACAGCAAUAGUGUCAUUAAUCCGUUAAUUUUUGGCAAACUGAAUCUCCGCCAAUGUUGCAGUAAAAAUGUUAAUGGAAAAACACUUUUUUCAUUAARGUCUCACACGACGGGAUCGUUCGAACUGUCGAGUCUAAGAUCAAGGUCAAGGUCAAACGUUGACGAACAAGUGCGAGGUAUUUUUAAACCAAGGAAUUCGUUACCUGAUGAAUUAGUGAAGCAUUUAUAAAAUGGUGUACAGCCAGCCGGUUGGCUCAUUUGGUUCCACACUUGUGCAAGCCCCGUCAAGAACGACAUUCAGGGUCUUAGAUUUUCUCUGAGUGGCUCGGAUGAUCACUUUAAGUGGCCGUCCCGUUUCUCCACACUUCAUCAUCAAAAGAACCACUGAACAGUGGAUGUAAAGAAAACCCUGGCAGUAAACACUCUGAGUGCAUACACCUGAAAAUCGACAGAUAUAAUUUUGGGGACGUUUGUAAGUCUCGAGGUAUAGCGGCCGAAAUAUCAUAAGCACACCUAGCAUAACGAAUAUUGUAGGGUUACUUAAGUAAAGGAACUCUUUUUAGUGCU